AUGGACGAUGAUACGACUGCUUCGGCCGUGUCCAGUCUCAUAACGCGUAUCGAAGCGUAUGUCGCUGAUUCGGCGUCUUUCAGCAUUCCCGGGUCAUGGACAAGGCAUGGAGAGUGGCUCAAAGAUGAAGCACAACGCAUCAAUGCUGCUGCUCAGCUCGCCGAAGAGCUCAUGGCGUUACAGAGUAUCUAUACCCAAGAUGCAAUCCAUCUGCUCAAAAUCACACCUCUGGGCGGUGAUGCAUCUACUUUGACCGACAAACAGCUCGGAAACGAAGAUGGCGUCGAGCCCAAUGCAUGGCUACCCGGGUGCAAGCUGACGCUAUCCAUAUCUACCGAGGUCGAAAGUACAGAGGACGAGCCAAUACCAAUACGAGUCGCAAUCACCCUACCAAUGUUCUAUCCGCACAGUGCAAGGCCUCCACAGCUGCAGCUUCUGUCGAGAUAUAUUGGCGGGUUCAGCGUCGACGCCAAACUGUUUGGAGAGAUUCUGAGAGCGUUUUACCAUCGCAUUGACGAUGUGGCUGUACAGGGGAUUGAUACAGAGGAGACAAGCACGAGUACUGCAUCGAGCAGUGCUAGAACGGAUAGAGUCCAUUGGACAUCUGGAGAGGUGGUGCUAUUCGAAGGGAUCGAGUGGGUCAAAGAGAAAGUGACAGUUUGGUGGAAUGAAAAGGAAGCCGAACGGCGCAAAAAUGCUCCUUCGACAACAACACAGGCUAAUGCUGCAGACGCUUCAGCGACUAACGUCACCACUUACUUGGACCCAUUCGAUCCCUCACAAAGCGCUCAACGACGAAAUCCCUUCACUGGAACGCUCUUCCAAACCGAACCAAUUAUCGAGCGAAAAUCCGAGUUCAUUGGCUACGCUGCGCGCAUCACUUCACCGGACCAAGUCGCCUCGGUGCUUUCACACAUACUUUCGGACAAGCGAGUUGCGCGCGCAACACAUCCCAUCAUCAACGCGUGGGUAUGCAAAGCUGCCGACGGCGUCGUUCACCGUGACUGCGAUGAUGAUGGCGAAACUGCAGCGGGUGGCAGACUGGCACAUUUGUUGAGCCUUUUGGAGCUGGAGAAUGUCAUUGUCGUCGUGACUCGGUGGUUCGGUGGUGUGCAUCUGGGGCCGGAUCGGUUCAAGCUGAUAAACCGCGCUGCAAGGGAGGCUUUGGAUUUGGGUGGCUUUGUCGGUAAGAACGCGGUCGAGGGUGCGGGAAAGGGCAAAGGGAUGGGAAAGCGCAACUCAUAA